CUGUUUGCAGAGAUCCGUUCGCAGCUGAAUGAGCAGUUGAGAUGCUUGGAAACUCGCACAGAAGCACAGACAGCUAUUUUGUUGGAGUUAAAUGAGUACUACCGACGGAAGGCGGAACUGGACGGCGAGUAUGGCAAGCAGCUGGAGAAGCUGGCGCGCAGCGUCAUGCAGAAACAUAAAAAUGAACGGUUCAAACGGGAGUCCUGGCCGUUAUAUUCGACCUGUGCGCUGUGGCAACAGCUUGUCGAUCAAACAAAGGAGGAAGCACGUCAGAAAAUGGCAUUAGCUGAAAUGUACGCGGCGCGACUUACGGCGCUAAUUGCUCAGAGAGCAGAUGAUUUGCAGCGGAUUUCAAGAAAAUGUCGCGAAAUAGGAGCGCUUGCGCAUGGCGAAAUAUGUCGAGUGCUGAAUGAACUACAUACCGCAAUGAAGACAUAUCAGCUCUGUUUCAUUGAAUGUUCGGCAGUUGAAGGCAAAUUCCGGCAAGCGGAGGAAAACAAAACAAAGUAUGAAGAGAGUAAUCCGACGAAGCUCGGUGUUACACGUAAGCAUCGAUCCCUCGCAAAGCUUUAUGAUAAGAGACUGGAAAAGUACAAUGCUGUGAAGUUGAAAUGUUUGAAAGCUAGAAAUGAAUAUUUAUUAUGCGUUCAAGCAGCGAAUGCGGCAUUGCAUAAGUACUUCGCGGACGAUCUUUCUGAUCUCAUCGAUUGCAUGGAUCUCGGUAUGGAUCAGUGGUUGCGUGGUCUGGUGAACAGUACAGUGACCGUGCGGAAAGAUAUGUGCCAAAAAGAAAUGGACGCAUUAGCGGAACUCUGUGAAUUCAAGGAUUCGCUUGAUUCGAAAGCCGAUAAGCAACGAUUCAUCGAAUCAAAUCAUACAACAUUUAUGCUCCCAAAGCGAUUCGAAUUUAGAGGGCAAAUUGGUGAUGCCGUGUCUGUUGUUAGCGCAAUGGGUGGUGUAGCUGAGGAGCUGCAGCAGCGCCAUAUGCAAAUUGAAAGAAGAUUGGCCAGCGUGAGGCUUGAAUCAGAGGAAAUUUGGAAAACACUGGAAUCAACUGAAAAGGCAGUAGCUGAGCGCUUUACUGAAACAAUGGCAAGUUCGAUUGCUUCGGUCGAGAUUUUAAAUGAGGCUUCGUCUCGCGAGGACUGUGAAAGCGGGAGCAGUUUCAAAAGCAGAAUCAAUAUCAACGAAUUAUAUGACUUUUAUCUCGGGAAGUUCAGUCAUUACAUGUUGAAUAGUAAUCUGAUUGAGCGUUUGGAAGCGCGCGCUAAUGGAAUCGCCUCUGCACUGAAUGGCUACUCAGCGAACAAUCAGGAUGGCAGUUCUGGCUCGGCUGUUCUUCCUUCACUCUGUUCUUUCAAUCGUACUGAUGGGGAGGAAAGCGAAAACUGUUGCGCUGUUCGCAGUCGUCCAAAGAAAAGAAUCGGUAGCGGAAUGCUGUGUGAUACUGUUAGACGGCCGAAACUGUUUGGGGGCAGUUUGGAGGAAUACGUGGAGGCGACGAACGAAGCAAUCCCUCUUAUUAUCACUUCGACCAUACGAGUUCUAUCUCAGUUUGCACUACAUCAUCAGGGGAUUUUCCGCAUUUCGGGCUCUCAGAUUGAAAUCAACGCUUUCCGAGAAGCUUUUGAAAAAGGUGACGAUCCUUUACGAGAUGUUGUUGAUGCUGCGGAUGUCAAUUCAAUUGCGGGUGUAUUGAAAUUAUAUUUGCGGGAGCUUCGUGAACCGCUUUUUCCGAUUUUUCUUUUUGAUCAGUUGACCGAGUGCGCAAAAUGUUCAAAUGCACAAGAAUUCGUCAAACAGGUCGUACCACUUAUCGAGAAACUGUCACAGUCUACUCAACUUGUGCUUCGUUAUCUUUUUGCUUUCCUCAAUCAUCUCAGUGAAUUCAGUGACGAAAAUAUGAUGGAUCCGUACAAUCUUGCGAUUUGUUUCGGUCCUACACUUCUUCCGAUUCCAGAAGGAAAGGACCAAGUUUUCUAUCACAAUUUCGUAAACGAGCUAGUGAAAAACUUGAUUCUUUAUAAUGAUCAAAUUUUCUCUCCACUGUUGCCUGGCCCACGGUACGAGAAAUAUUUUGUUGAGUCCGAGCAGGCGCUGUUUAUUGAUGAACACAUUAAUAAAUAUGAAGAAAUUGAAAAAAGGGGAUUUUUCUUUUCGGAAUUGCAAAUUUUUUUAAGGGAGAGUGCUAUUAGCGGAGAUGAAGAGGCGAUCACCACGCCGGUCUUUGAAUGUGCGGGCGAUAAAGCACUCGCCGCAGUCAGCUCGUCAUCAUUUGCCUUCCCUUGGACUGCUCCGGAUUAUUCGCUUGAAGUACAACCCGCCGCAGCAAAUAGUACUGCAAGCACAUCACAUCCAGUGCAAGAACCUAGCGCAACUUCUGCUUCCCAUAAUCCGUUGCUGAAUCCACAAUGUCCGGCAAGCGUUCAUCGUCCAGAGGAAACUAGGCUAGUUGUUUUGUGGCUUUGUGGGCAUACAACUUCCUGUAAAAAAAUGUGCUUUAUCUAGUA